GUAAAUGAUAAAUUUGUUACUUUCUAUGUUAUUCAUUCGUAAAUCAAAUCUGUAGCGUGUGUGUGGGUGCAUGGGGAAGGUAGAGACUUAAAUAAUAACGGCAGCCACAAAUCAACCAUCAGAUCAACAAAUUUUUACUUUUUACCCAAUAAGUUUCUUAUCGCUGCCGCAAAUUCUCUCAAAUCUCAAUAUGCAAAAUAGAGUCGAUCCAAAUGCCAAAUAUCUGAGUUUAAAUCGCACUGCAGGCCAUGAACUACGCGCUAUAAAAAAGAGGCCUUCCACUUUGUCGCUAAACGAAACGGUAGAUCGGCGUAAACGCAUACUAAAUAGAAAUGGCAGUAUUUCAAGUCAGUACUUUCGUGGCGUCCACAAGAAUUUACUCGAGUCUCACGCCAAAGCGAUUUGUCACUCAAUGACAGUUGAAGACCUUUAUGAAGAAAUCAUAUUUGAAAUUUGCAACAACAUUGGCUCGGAAAGCAAUGAAAUGUGCCCCAAGAAUCUUAUUGAAUUCAGUCAGGAAGCAUUUAAAAUACCAAACGUUAUACACGAUGAAGUUUUAAAGGUUGUUCGUCAAAAGCAACCACCUAAUAUAAGGUUGAACGUGGAGAUUAUAAAAGCUGAAAAUUUGCUACCCAAAGAUUCGAAUGGCUUAUCUGACCCAUUUGUUACAUUGUACUUGGAAUCAAAUAGUUCGCAUCGGUACAAUUCCUCAGUGAAACCCGCAACGUUAAAUCCUAUAUGGGAGGAACAUUUUUCAUUACCAAUUGUUGACAAUCCCAAAGAAGAAGUUCUUGUGGUUGAAGUUUGGGAUUUUGAUGCUGCUGAAACUGUAAAGGAGAAAGUCAACAAAUUCCUUGAUGUAAAAGGCGUUAAAGGCUUGAGCAAGCUAAUGAAAGAAAUCGCUGUAACUGCUUCAUCGGGAAAACAUGAUAAUGAACUAAUAGGCCGGGCUGUAAUAACACUCAAGUCCAUUCCAGUUUCUGGGCUUACCGUUUGGUAUAACUUGGAAAAAGGAAACAAGACGAAAAGUCGAGGAUCACUUCUAAUAAAUCUAACUCUCAGUGCAGAAAAAAAUAAAAGUGUUGCGGUGCAGGAACAUAAGCACCUACUAAAACUUUUGCUCAUACAUGAGCUAGAAACGUCACAAGUUGCAAAUUUUUGGUGGAGUGGAAACUUUAGCGCAAAUGCAGAAGCCAUCCGAUCCCAACACGCCGUUCAAAGCGGGCUGUCUAGCUUUGAUUGUGCGCUUUGUCAAUGGAAUGCAUAUAGUAUUAUUCAUGAAACCCACAAACUUGACUUUGCACUUUUCAACUCAAUACUAGUUAUUAUAGUUCCAGUAAUAAGGUGCUAUCAAAGUAACUGUGAGGAUGUGAAGACGUUCUGGGAUGGAGCGAAGCGACUGCUGCCAUCUUGCUUUUUAAUGUUGAGAAAACUUCGAUGUAAAAAUGAAAGCGAUAAGAAUAUAGUGCGAACAUUAAAUGUAGUUCUGGACAUUCUUUCUAAAUUGAAAUCUCUUGAGCCUCCAGCAGAAGUUACCAUAUUUCCAAAAUCGGUUUAUGGUUGGAUUGACGAAAUCGGAUCAGUCGAUGAAUACAGCAUUGAAUCCGUAAUAAUUGAUGCUAUAAAUACUGGCACUAAAGAAUGGCUGGAGCAUAUUAUUAGCGGCAGCAGACAAACGAAGGAUAAUGAGACUGAUGAGGAUAAACUGCAAUAUAUCAUAAAAUUAAUUCAAAUGGUGCGAUCUGACCUUCAACGAGCAAUGGAGUAUUUCGACAAACUUUUCUACCACAAAAUUCGGUUAAAUUACUCAGCCAUAUUAUUUAUGUGCUAUGACAAAAAACUAACGGAAAUUUCAAAGUCAACACUGCAAAUCGUUUGUGGAAACAUACAAAAAUUAGAUGUGCCAGAUGAUCAGUUUCAGUAUUUACCAAAUACUGAUAACGUACAAAUGGGAACUACGCUCUUUGAAGUAUAUUUGGUGCUCAAACGAUAUGUCGCACUAGGAGAAUCACUCUGCUCUAACGAAAAAUUGGAAAUGACUGAAUAUUAUCAGUGGUUUGAAAAAGGUGUAACCCAUUGGCUGGAUAUCUCAAUUAUUAAGGCUCUUAAUCGCAUACAAAAAGCAAUCGACUUAGACCAGCUCAAAGCUGUUGACGAGACAGUUAAAUAUAGUUCGUCAGCAGUAGAUACUUUGGCUAUUUUUUAUCAAAUUAAAAUCUUUUGGCAGCAAUUGGAUUGGCCUGAAGUGGAAGGAGCAUAUACAUUCGUUGCGAAAAUUGUUAACGAUAUUUGCCGUUGCUGUAUAUUCUAUGCUCAGAGGAUGUCACGGCGAGUCGAAGAUAUAACUAAGGUCGGAGAUAGCUGUGAGCUAUUUAAUGUUUCAGAGGAGUGGUGUUUGGCUAUAAACAAUAUCGAUUACAUAAGGCAGAGUCUUCCAUCGUUUAUAAAGGAGCUCGGUACAGAGGAUAUUAUAAAACGAUUGGGUGAAUAUCGAACCAUUUUAGAAGCGGAUCGCUGCGCUUCUACUAUCAACACUGUUAUUGAAAAUGCAUUGGAUAUACAGCGCAAUCAGAUUGUCGAGCUGGUCGAAAUUGUUGCCGGCAAAAUGGCCCCGCCAAUUCGACGGUUUUUAGCUGAGGGCGCAGAAAUUCUCCAUAAAGACUCUAACUCCAUGGACAAGCUAAUGAUGUAUUUAGAAGGGUCAUUAGGUACUCUUUACAGAACUUUAAACGAUGUUAAUUUCGGCAGAAUAUUGGAUGGAAUUUGGAGUGAAUUGUCCAAAAUUAUGUAUGACCUCAUACAAAGUAACCUUGAUAAACGUCGUCCACCUGCUUUCUUUCAAAACUUAAGAGCUACUUUACAAACUAUGAUAUCGUGCUUUAAAAUAGGAAGAAUUGUCACAUCGGAUGUGAAAGUUCUCUCAGCCAUCGAAAAAAUUCUGGAUUUGCAUGCUUUCGAAACUUCCGAUCUUAUCCAUCAGUAUUAUUUGGAGAGAUUAGGGGCCCAAAAAGAACUACAGAAAUCGCAAUACGGACAGCUUACAAUAACGGCACAGUUUGGAGAGGGAAGAUUAAAGCUACAAAUAUUAAACGCUCGUAAUUUGGUACCGAUGGACACAAAUGGAUCUUGUGACUCUUUUGUAAAAGCCCAGUUUUUGCCAACGACUCGUUUUAACGGUGUUUUACCAGUAAAAACAUCUGUCAAAAAUAAAACACGUUUUCCGCUAUAUGACGAGCAAUUUUCUAUAACUUUGAGUGAAGAACAACUUUCGAAGCAAAACAGCAUAAUUUUGUUUAGCAUCAAGGACAAAGACCUAUUUGGGAUGACUAGUCAAUAUAUAGCUGAAUGUUAUGUAACAUUUGCCGAUCUAAUGGCUUUUGAAAAUGAACAAAUUCAUAUGGAAUUAUCAAGGCCAGAUUAUACAGAUUCUGAGACAUUACGCGCCCUAGAAUACAGACAAGGUGAUAAACAGGCCAAGGAAUUCAUAAAGAAACUAAGAAACAAAUCGUAUUCUUAAGCUUUAAAAUGAUCUUUGUAAAUUAUUAUUUUAAUAUAAGAAAUACAUUUUUUUUUAUCAAAUUCA